AAACCCCCCACCAAGUAUCAAAUGCAAAUUUAAUUACCACCCUCAAAAUGAGAGAAUAGUUCCCUUAUCACCUCCUCCACCCCUUUCCACCAAUCCUCCUCCCUCUAUCUCCUCUCCAAUUCAAUAAUUCUAAAGAAAAAAACCCUUGCAAAUAUUUGCUUCGCUCCUUUCGUUCUCACUCAUGAAUCCUAAUCAGACAACUCCUCCCUCACACGGCGGCCUCACAGCCGAAGAACUCUCCAAGCUCGAACCCAUCAUCAAAACCCAUCACACAUUUGAACCGUGCCCUAAAACAUGCACAUCCCUAUUGGCAAAACCCAUAGAUGCCCCCGCAAGCUUUACGUGGCCUUUUGUACGUGACUUUGGGAGCCCUCAAAAGUACAAGCACUUCAUCAAAAGCUGUAACAUGGUCGCUGGCAAUGGAGAAGUGGGAAGCAUAAGAGAUAUCAUGGUCGUUACAGGCCUCCCAGCCUCGACAAGCACAGAAAGAUUGGAGGUUUUAGACGACGAGAAUCGUGUUUUGAGCUUCAGAGCCGUUGGGGGAGACCACAGGCUGCGUGAUUAUUGCUCUGUUACGUCGGUCAAUGAGAUGAUCGGCAAGGAAGGAAAGGUUUAUACAGUUGUUUUGGAGUCUUACGUUGUCGAAAUACCCGAGGGGAACACUGCCGAGGAUACUAAGAUGUUUGUGGAUACAGUUGUGAAGUUGAACCUUCUUAAGCUUGCAGAUGUAGCUAUGGCUUCCUGGAAGAUGAACAGUGAUCAUGAUCAUGGCAAAUGACAAUGACGAUCGGCUAUUAACUAAGCUAGGAGUUGCAUUAAUUUUGGUACGUAGCGUGGGUAGUGGGUACACUGCUAAUACUUUGUUUAUUUUGCAAGUUCGAUUUUUUUUUUUUUUUUUUUUUCUUGCUAUUA